GACGAUGGAUCAUGUGUACUGUUCCUUUUUCUUAUUACGUUUCUAUUCCUUCCAUUCCACUCUGUUCCCUUUUCUCUCUCUUCUCUCUCUCUUCCAAAGUCAAAAACCAAACUAGUAGUAGUGUGCUUGAUUAGUGAUUAAAGAGAUUCUUAACUCGAGAAAAGUGCAAUGAGUGUGUUUCACUACUAUGACCCCACAUGUGCUGUUUUUAGAUGCCAAUUCCAUUAACUAAUUAAUGCAUUCAAUACCCAUUACAAAAAACCCCCAAAAAAUUCAUUCUUUUUUAUUAGAGGCAGAGUCAAUGCUUGUGUCCCAUUAAAUCAUUUUCAUGACAGAGACUUUUGUUUAACAACAACACUGUUAUUUACAUGAGACUUGUUUUUGUUUCGACCCUUGUGAGUUGUCAAUUGUUUUAUUGAACAGAAUUUGGUUGGUGACCUAAACUGGUUUGAUUAGGUAGUAGACAUUUAUUUAUUUCAUUUGUUGUGGUUUUUGUUUUUUGUGUUUUAACAAUGGAGUGGUUCUAGGGUUUUCAAGUGGUUUUGUUGAAUUGAAUCUGAUUUUGGUGGAUUUGGGGCUGUUUUUUUAGGUGGGUUUCGGGGAAUUUCUCUAAAGGUUCUAACUUUUGGGAAAUUGAAAUUGAUUUUGAAAGGAGUUACAUUGUUAGAUACAAUACAGUACAAGACUGAAUUUUGAGUACAAUUUGUUUCCUAAAUGGCUUGUGUGAAAUUGGGUUCUAAAGCUGAUGCAUUUCAGCGUCAAGGACAAGCUUGGUUUUGCACGACUGGACUUCCCAGCGAUAUAAUUGUUGAAGUUGGUGAGAUGUCUUUCCAUCUUCACAAGUUCCCUUUGCUCUCUAGAAGUGGAGUUUUGGAAAGAUUGAUUGCCAAAGCUUCUGAAUCAGAGGAAGAAUCUGCUGUUAAACUCCACGACAUUCCUGGUGGGGCUAAAACAUUUGAACUUGUGGCAAAAUUCUGUUAUGGUGUGAAACUUGAACUUACGGCAUCAAAUGUUGUGUGCUUAUGGUGUGCUGCUGAGCAUCUUGACAUGACAGAGGAAUAUGGUGAAGGUAAUCUUAUUUCCCAAGCCGAAACCUUUUUCAAUCAAGUGGUCCUCCGAAGUUGGAAAGACUCCAUGAGGGCACUUCAAACAUGUGAUGAUGUUCUGGACAAAGCCGAAGAACUCCACAUUGUGAAAAGGUGCAUUGAAUCACUUGCAGCAAAGGCAUCGACUGACCCAAAUUUAUUUGGGUGGCCAGUACUAGAACGUGGCGGUCCGUUGCAGAGCCCUGGUGGAAGUGUUUUGUGGAAUGGAAUAAGUACCGGGGCAAGACCAAAGAAUACAAGUUUAGAUUGGUGGUACGAGGAUGUAGCGAAUUUGAGUUUACCAAUUUAUACGAGAUUGAUAACUGUCAUGGAAUCUCGAGGCAUUAGGCUGGAAAUCAUUGCUGGUUCUCUUGCUUUCUAUGCUAAAAUGUAUUUGCCUGGUUUAAAUCGACGUAAGGUUUCUGGUGAGUCUGGUACCAGGCUAGCCCCGGUGGCUUUGGGGUCUCCACCAUCUGAAGAAGAUCAAAAGAUUCUGUUGGAAGAGAUUGAUAAACUACUCCCUAUGCAAAAGGGCCUGGUCCAAACAAAGUUCCUGUUUGGUCUACUUCGAACGGCCAUGAUUCUACGAGUGAACCCCUCUUGUAUAUCAAGUUUGGAGAAACGGAUCGGGAUGCAGCUUGAUCAAGCUGCUUUAGAAGAUCUCUUGAUGCCAAAUUUCUCAUAUUCAAUGGAGACACUUUACAAUGUUGACUGUGUGCAAAGAAUUCUUGACCAUUUCCUUGCCAUGGAUCAGGUUACAGGUGGUGCCUCUCCAUGCUCAAUUGACGACGAUGGCCAGUUGAUUGGAUCACCUUCACUGACACCGAUCACUAUGGUGGCAAAACUGAUUGAUGGAUACCUGGCAGAGGUUGCCCCAGAUGUUAACUUAAAACUUCCCAAGUUUCAAGCUCUUGCUGCUGCGGUUCCAGAGUAUGCCAGGCCUUUGGAUGAUGGUUUGUAUCGUGCUAUAGAUAUUUAUUUGAAGUCUCACCCAUGGUUGGUGGAGUCGGAUAGAGAACAACUAUGCAGGCUAAUGGACUGUCAGAAGCUCUCAUUAGAAGCAUGCACACACGCCGCACAAAACGAAAGACUACCCAUUAGAAUCAUAGUUCAAGUUCUAUUUUUCGAGCAGCUCCAGCUUCGAACAUCAAUCGCCGGUUGCUUUCUAGUAUCAGACAAUCUCGACGGAUCAAGAAAUUUAAGAAGUGGUUUGGUUGGAUCAAAUGAAGGUGGUUGGGCGUCAGCCGUGAAGGAAAAUCAGGUAUUGAAAGUAGGUAUGGAUAACAUGAGGAUGAGGGUAUCCGAGCUCGAGAAAGAGUGCUCAAACAUGAGACAAGAGAUCGAGAAGCUUGGUGGUAAAGCAAAAGGAUCAACUAGCGCUUGGGGAGCUGUGUCGAAGAAACUUGGGUUUAAGGUAAAGUCUCAGAUGUGUAGUGCUCAAGAAGGAUCUGUUAGCAAACAGAACAAUGGAAAUAAUAAGGUUGAGAAGUUGAAGGACAGACAUGUAAAGCACAAUAGAAGUUCUUCUAUUAGUGACAAAGGAUCAGUUUCUUCAAUUGUUCCUUCUUAGUGUCUAAAUGUUUUAUUUUUUCUGGUAUGUGACUAUGCAAUAUGCUAAACAGUUACUUAGAUUUUCCAUCUCAUGCGAAUCUAAUUGAGAUGGAAAUGAAAGUCGCUGUUUAGUGUUUUACUGUAAACUGUAGCUUUAGUUUUUUCUCUUUUUUUUUUCUUUCCUUUUUACCACUCUGACUAUGCAUAUAAAAUGUGUAUGCACAUUAUGAUUACUUCUCUAAAAUAUUCAUUUGUUUGAA